AUGGAGUUGAAUAAGAAACCAAGGAAAUUAGCAUGUGUAUCAUGCAGAAAACGCAGACGGAAAUGUGAUAUGCAACAUCCAUGUUCAAACUGUUCUCGUAGUGAUACAGAAUGUGUAUUUACAAAUCAAGACUUAAGAAGAAAUAGAUAUUCGACAGGUUAUGUAAAGGCUCUAGAGGCUCAUAUUGCAUAUUUAGAAUCUUCUUUGAGACGUAUUAAGGACACAACUGACCCUAAACAAAGAGAUAUAUUAUUAAGUCAAAUACCUUUGGAUAAUAUAGAGAUUCCAAAUAAAGAUGUGACAUUUCAACAGUAUCAUUUGCCGACAUUGGUAAAAAUGGAGAAUAACACAGUUGAUAAUAAAAGUGACGGGAUUAUCAAUGAAAGAAAGUCAGGGACUUCCUCAAGAGAACCAAGUCUUAAUUAUAUUAUUUCCACCGCUAAAUCUGAACCACGCCAAAGGUCUAGAUCACCAUCUCCUUUACCUACGGUAGGUAGUGGUACUAAUAGUAUUUAUCCUACAAAUUCAUUAUCGAUAUCGAAUAAGAAAAGAAGAAUUGAGCAUAAGAGACAAAUGCAAGUGAAUUUGAAAAAUUUAUCAAGGUCUCCUCUUAUUUUAAGAUCUUUUUCAUUAUUUUUUAAAUGGUUAUAUCCUGGUCAUUAUAUGUUUAUUCAUAGAGAAACAUUUUUAAGCGCAUUUUUUGGAGAUGAAGCUACAAAGACAUAUUAUUGUUCAGAAGAAUUAGUUUAUGCUAUUGCUGCAUUGGGGAGUAAAGCUUCGAAACAAUCAGAAGAACUGUAUGAACAAAGAGAUAUUUAUUACCAUCAUGCAAAAUCAAUUGUAUUAAAGAAAAUAUUCCAAUUGGAAGAUAAGUCUCUGGCUGAGUCUACAUCUUCUUCAAAAUUAGCCAUUAUUCAAACAUUAUUGUGUCUUGCAUUUUAUGAUAUUGGAUCGGGUGAAAACCCUAUGGCAUGGUACCUUUCAGGGUUAGCAUUUAGAAUAUCACAUGAAAUAGGUUUGCACUUGAAUCCAAAAGCUUGGGAUAAUGUCUAUGAAGAUGAAUUAUCAAAGAUGGAUAUUGAAGUCAGAAGUAGAAUAUAUUGGGGCUGUUAUAUUGCAGACCAUCUAAUAUCAAUAUUAUUUGGUAGAUCUACUUCCUUGAGACUUUCGAACUCAACAGUACCAGAAACUGAUGAAUUACCAGAUAUAGAAACUGGUAUCGAAGAUUAUAUUUAUAAUCCAGGUGAAGCUUUGUGUAUGGCUAACCCUUUGAAGAAAUUAAUUAUUCUUUCCAGAAUUACUGAAAUUUUCGCCAAAAAAAUCUUCAUUCAAACGGAGACAAUUGAACAAAGAAUUGGGUAUUUAUCAAAGUUUAAUUCAGAGGCAAUGAAUUGGAGAAAUGAUCUUAAUGGUGAAUUACAAUGGGAUAAACAAUCACUAAAAAAAUUGGAGACUUUGAACAUCACUACAGUAUAUGUUUGGUAUCAUUAUUACAUUGUUAUUAUCUCCUAUAAUAAGCCAUUCUUAUUCGAAUCAUCUAAAUCAAGAAAAUUAAUUAAGGAUUGUAUCCACGAGUUACAUGCUUUAUUAAAUGUGUGGAAAAAAAGAUUUGGUACAUUUGAACGUUGUAGUCUAUAUAUGGUAUAUUCGGCUAUUUUAUCCAUUCAAUGUAUGGAUGUAGAAUCUAUCAAGGAUAAUAUAUACAGUGACUUUGAAGAUUUUUUGAAAUCGAAUACAUUGAAUUAUGAAGUUGCCAAAAAAUUCAUUGAAAGUAGCAAAAAUAUGGAAAAUAACAAUGAAUUUAAUUCUGAAUUUACAGAUUUAUUAGGUUCUUUAUCUCAUGGUACAGAUUUUGCGUUAGAGUACAAUUUUGAUUUUACGUUAUUAAACGAAAUUGAUAACUUGAUUACUAGUAAUCCCAAUACACACACUCUCACAGAAGAGUCAAAAAUGUAA